CUGGAAAGGGGUGCUGAGGAAAAAAAUGGUGGGAGGCCUAAGGGGAGGCGGGCGGUGAGCGGCGGCGAGUUAAAUACUAAGAGAAGAGCGCUGAGAGCCGAUUUACGAGGAGCAUGGGGCAGACUCAGGAUUAGUGUUUAGGAAAUUUUCGGUAGAGAAGGGCGGGCAAGAACUGCUUCCUAACUAAACAUAAUCAACUUUGACUAGCACGAUUUUAAGGAGCCAAGUUUAGACGAAAUGAGCCGCCCCUAGAUUCGGGCUAGGACUCCAUUUGGAGGCGCUCAACUCAAGUUCCUUCGUAGUUCAACCCAAAACUCUGGGCAAAUUCUUUCAAUGCCCCACGCUUGAGAAAAGGGAUUGGGAUGUUGACUGCUUACAUGCUAAGAGGAUGAGAGGCAGAAGGGGCAAGCCCCGGAUUAAAGGUGGGGUUUGGAAGUAACCUUACCCCCUCACCCCUCCUUAAUGAAUCCUUGUUUCCCAUGACCCUCUUCUGGAAUGCUGGCUGUAUGUAACUUCUUCAUGCUUCCUCAUUAACUUCUUCAGGAAAAAAGAUGAAUGUGGGGGUGGCACACAGCGAAGUAAACCCCAACACUCGAGUGAUGAAUAGCCGGGGCAUCUGGCUGGCCUACGUCAUCUUGGUAGGACUGCUGCAUGUGGUUCUACUCAGCAUCCCUUUCUUCAGCAUUCCUGUCGUCUGGACCCUGACUAAUGUCAUCCAUAAUUUGGCUAUGUAUGUCUUCCUACAUAUGGUGAAAGGGACACCCUUUGAGACCCCUGACCAAGGAAAGGCUCGGCUACUGACACACUGGGAACAGAUGGACUACGGGCUCCAAUUUACCUCUUCCCGAAAAUUCCUGAGCAUCUCUCCUAUUGUACUCUACCUCCUAGCCAGCUUCUACACCAAGUAUGAUGCUGCUCACUUCCUCAUCAACACAGCUUCAUUGCUUAGUGUACUGCUGCCUAAGUUGCCCCAAUUCCAUGGGGUUCGUCUCUUUGGCAUCAAUAAAUACUGAAGGAUGGGGCUGGGGACGACGUUGGAACAAAAGGCUGUAACAUCUUUCUCCAUACUGUCUUCUGUAUCUUGAAAGUUUGAGAACUAUACAACCAUUUCCAAACUCCCAGGAAGAAAGCAGAAUAGAAAAUGGGGCUCCCUGGGCCUAGCCCUGCUAGGAGUAGGUUUAAGUCAGGAAAGGCAGGUGAGGUAAGAGACUAAAACAACUCUCCUCCAUAGGAGGCCAUGUUUGGGCAGCUUGUUUGGUGAUUAAGUAUUUCCAUAUCUUCCUUUAUACUUACUUUAUAAGUAUUUUCCUUAUAAUAAAGGUAUUUUUUUUUUCAGAUAUGGCUACUAUGUGGUCAGCACGAAAAAGUAGUGAGAUGUCCUUACAAGGCAGGGGAAGAAGAUAGAACAGUGACUUAUUGCACAAACCUUCUUUAAGUGUUUUGUAUCCCCUCUUCCUUGGUUUAGUAGGAGUGCCCUUCACUCUCAACUAACACUAAGAGAAAGGAUUCUCAAAUGUGUAAAAGGAUACCAGCUAUUAUAAGAGAAAAGAGAGGGAAAAAAUGUGUUGCCAGUUAUAUAUUUAUAGAAAGAUAAUUCCUGGCUUUAAAUAGAUAUGUACAUACAAAUAUGAACAAACUUAAAAAAAUACAAACCCUUGGAUCAUAAGGAGGCUGCCAGGAUCCCCUUUAUCCUUCCCCUUCACCCAAGAGCAGAGGGCAUAAGUUUGAUUUUUAAAAAUUAUUAGUUCUGGCCAUCCCUGCAGCAACAAGCAUAAAUUUGGGCAGUUGCCCACAAGGUGAAAGAAAAAAUUCAGAGUUCCCACUCAUUGAACUCUAUGUAUCUCCUAUAAUUAGGGCUACACAUUUUCUUGUAUUGUCUCUUAACUAGUACAUUGGGCUAAGGGCGGGGGUCCCCUCCUGAAAUGGGUCAA